AUGAAGAGAGAUGUUUUGACAUUGAGGAUUGGUGAUGAGAAGAUGGAGUUCGCUUUCAACAAGAACAUGAAGGCUCUAAUUAUGGAAGAAAUUCAUCAAAUAGAUACUCUUGAGCAUGAUGUGUUGAACCUAAGGGUUUUGGUUGAAGCAAGAGAUCCACUUGAAUAUGUGUUACUAGGAGAAGAUAAAGAGCAAGAAAGUGAAGCUUGCCAUUUUAAAAAAGCAAUGGACAAAGCACCAAUCUUACCUACCCGUUCUAGCUUUGAGAUCGUGGAAGCUUCAUUGGAAAAAGAGGAGAGGACUACGCCUCCUCCCAUAUGUGAGUUAAAACCUCUUCCUCUUUCUCUGAAAUAUGUUUUUCUUGGAGAUAAUGAGACUUAUCCCCUGAUUGUCAAUUCUACACUCAAUGGCCCUUCUCUUGACAAACUUCUUUGUGUUCUAAAACAACAUCAAAGUGCCAUUAGGUAUACAAUUAAUGAUAUCAAGGGUUUAAGUCCCACAUUAUGUAUGCAUAGAAUUCAUUUGGAUGAUGGUCAAGCCUCCUCUAUUGAGCCUCAAAGACGGCUAAAUCCUAACAUGAAGGAAGUGGUAAAAAAGGAAGUUUUGAAACUCCUUGAGGCGGGGAUCAUCUACCCUAUCUCGGAUAGUAGGUGGGUUGGCCCCGUUCAAGUUGUCCCGAAAAAAAGGAGAAUGAUCGUCAUUAAAAAUGACAAAGGUGAUCUUAUCUCCACAAGAUUGGUCACCGGGUGGCGCAUGUGCAUUGAUUAUCGUAAAUUGAAUACGGCCACCCGAAAAGACCAUUUCUCACUCCCUUUUAUUGACCAAAUGCUUGAGAUAUUGGCGGGUCAUACCCAUUUUUGCUUUUUGGAUGGUUAUUUGGGGUUCUUUCAAAUCCACAUUCAUCUCGAUGACCAAGAGAAGACUACAUUCACAUGUCCAUUUGGCACAUUUGCUUAUCGAAGGAUGCCAUUUGAAUUGUGCAAUGUUCCUUCUAUUUUCCAAAGAUGUAUGACCACCAUCGUUUCGGACAUGCUUGAAUCGACCAUAGAAGUCUUCAUGGAUGACUUAUGUGUGGUAGGUUCUUCCUUUGACAUUUGUCCCUCCAAUCUUCAAAAAGUUUUGGAGAGAUGUCAAAAGAUGAUUCUCGUUCUUAAUUGGGAAAAAUGUCAUUUUAUGGUUGAAGAUGGCAUAGUCCUUGGUCAUAAAAUCUCUUAA